CACUUCCUCCCAUCACAUCCGGGUGGAAAACACACUGACUUAAGAGUGUUCCGCACUGAGGAAAUGGUGUUUACAUGCGCAAACAAAUUCCCCCACUAACUCAUAAAAACCCCCAAAACUCCUUCAUCUUCAAUUCAUAUCCCCACACCUAAACUCUCACUCUCAAACCUUCUUCAACCUCUCGCCAACACAGAAAAGAAAAACUAGUCAAAUAUCAUUACUUCUUAUAAACCAUAAAAGCACCGAUUUUUACCUCCAAACAGCAUCGAAACGCAAAACCCAGAUGAUCAUUUGACCAGAUCCGACUCAGUUUAAGAUGGGUCACGCAAACCUCCCGGCUUCAAAGCGCGUGAACUCCACGCGCCAAUGGCGGAUCCUUGACCUUGUCUCCGCGGCGUUCUUCGGCCUCGUAUUCCUCUUCUUUGUGCUCGUCUUCACCCCUCUAGGUGACUCACUUGCUGCUUCCGGCCGGCAGACGCUGCUUCGGUCGGGCUCCGAUCCGCGACAGCGCCACCGACUCGUGGCGGCGAUUGAAUUGGGGCAACAAAUGAGCGUGGAGGUGUGCCCUGCCGACAUGGUGGACCACAUGCCAUGUGAGGAUCCCAGGCUCAACAGUCAGCUGAGCAGGGAAAUGAAUUACUAUAGAGAGAGGCAUUGCCCGCCGCCAGAGGACACUCCACUCUGCCUUGUUCCGCCGCCUACCGGGUACCGGAUUCCGGUGCAGUGGCCUGAGAGCUUGCAUAAGAUAUGGCAUGACAACAUGCCACACAACAAGAUUGCCGAGAGGAAAGGUCAUCAGGGAUGGAUGAAGCUCGAAGGACCGCAUUUUAUAUUCCCUGGAGGUGGCACAAUGUUUCCAGAUGGGGCAGAGCAAUAUAUUGAAAAACUUGGUCAAUACAUUCCAAUAAGUGGUGGCACCUUGAGGACCGCUCUUGAUAUGGGUUGUGGGGUUGCCAGUUUUGGAGGAUAUUUACUAUCUCAAAACAUUUUAACUAUGUCUUUUGCUCCAAGAGAUUCCCAUAAAUCACAGAUACAAUUUGCGGUUGAAAGAGGAGUACCAGCUCUGGUUGCCAUGCUUGGUACUCGCAGACUCCCAUUUCCCGCAUUUGGGUUUGACUUAGUUCACUGUUCUCGGUGUUUGAUCCCUUUUACAGCCUACAAUGCAACUUACUUCAUUGAAGUAGACAGAUUGCUUCGCCCUGGUGGAUAUGUAGUCAUCUCAGGUCCCCCGGUUCAGUGGCCUAAACAAGAUAAAGAAUGGUCUGAUCUUCAGGCUGUGGCAAGAGCGUUAUGCUAUGAACUUAUUGCUGUAGAUGGCAACACUGUUAUCUGGAAAAAGCCAACAGGGGAUUUGUGUUUCCCAAACCAAAAUGAAUUUGGACUUGAGUUAUGUGAUGAUUCAGAUGACCCAAGUUAUGCUUGGUACUUCAAAUUAAAGAAAUGUGUCACUAAGCCACCUUUGGUCAAAGGAGAAUAUGCUAUUGGGACGAUUCCCAAGUGGCCAGAGAGGUUAACAGCUAUACCUCCUCGGUCGACACUCCUGAAGAAUGGUGCUGAUGUCUACGAGGCUGACACUAAACGGUGGGUGAGGAGGGUUGCUUACUAUAAACAUUCUCUGAACAUUAAGUUGGGAACUCCAGCCAUACGAAAUGUGAUGGACAUGAAUGCAUUGUUUGGGGGUUUUGCGGCAGCACUAAAAUCUGAUCCUGUGUGGGUUAUGAAUGUAGUACCAGCCCGCAAGCCAUCCACUCUUGAUGUGGUCUUUGACAGAGGUCUUAUAGGAGUCUAUCAUGAUUGGUGCGAACCUUUCUCAACGUAUCCUCGAACUUAUGAUCUGAUCCAUGUGGCCGGCAUUGAGUCACUUACAAAAGAUCCAGCUUCUGGCAAAAGAAGAUGUAACCUUGUUGAUUUGAUGGUGGAGAUCGACCGAAUAUUGCGGCCAGAAGGAACCGUUGUGGUGAGGGAUACCCCUGAAGCCAUCGACAAAGUAGCUCGCAUUGCUCGCGCAGUGAGGUGGAGACCUACCAUAUACGAUAAAGAACCCGAAUCACAUGGCAGAGAUAAAAUUCUAGUUGCAACCAAGACCUUCUGGAAGCUCUAAUUCUCAUAGUAGAUCUCACUCACAGCUUUGUAAUUUAGGUGAAAUUUUUUCUUUCUUCUCACUGUUUUGAGGCUAAGUGUUUCAAAGCUAUCUUCUGUGCAUCAAAGGCAUUAGGUUUUCAGUGUUUAUAUAAAGGAGAAAGUCAGGUGGAUAUGAGAAAACUAAAAAGAUGUAAAGACUUCUGUGCAAUUUUUAUAGAGGAAGCAUAAGCCAGUGUUUUUUUUUGUU